AUGAGAUUGGUUACUUCAGUCUGUCGGUUCUUCCAGCUCAUCUUCACUAUCGUCGUCCUCGGCCUCUCAAUCACUCUCGCCAAAGGCCAACAACUCGGGUCAGUGCCCUCUGAAACAAGCUAUGGCGCUUUCUCCGGAGGUAUCGGUGUCCUUGCUGCACUGAUUGGUACUGUCGCUAUCUUUAUUGACUCGUUGGAUGGGGUCGUCACCUGGGUCCUCGACGGCGUUUCCGCACUAGCAUUGCUUGCUGCCGGUAUCAUCUUCGCCGUUCGCCUUCACGGAACGAGCUGCUCCGACCCCGAUACCUUGUUUGGAAAUGUGCUGCUCAGCGGCGGCUGUAUCACAACCAACGACGGAAUAUAUACUGGCUGUUAUUGGGAUGAGAAGCACUUGAAGUCUAGGUGUACCUCUGCUACCGCAGAUACCGCGUUCAUGUUCUUGGGCUUUAUCAUGUGUAUCGGUGUACUGAUUGCCUCUUUCAUCUUCCGCAACAGGCGCUAG